AUGGCAGACCACCUGGAGCUUCUGUCGGAGAUGCCAGCGGUGAGCCGGAUGACCACGCAGGAGAGGUUAAAGCACGCUCAGAAACGGCGGGCACAGCAGCUGAAGAAAUGGGCACAGUUUGAAAAGGACUGGCAAAACAAGAAAUCAAAAGGGGGGCAUAAAAAUCAGGGAAGCAAAGAGGAACGACGCAUAAUGUUUCCCCAAAACGUCACCCUCCUGGAGGCAGCAGCCCGUAAUGACAUGGAGGAAGGUAAGAAUGUUUUAUAUUCCCAGUUACUGGGGGUGACGAUAACUGCCUUUACCAUGGGACUAUGCCAAGCACUGUUUAACCCAUUACUUGUACAUUUUAUCAGCCCCGCUGAUGGAGGGAGGGCUUGCUAUUAUACAGGGACUGGAACGCUGUCUGUGCAUCCGGUAGAUUGUAAGCUCUUUGGAACCAGAGCACUGGUUCUUGACUUAGGACGGUACAACAUACCGCACUGCAAAUGAAUACCGGAAAGAUUAUCCACUAAAGUGACAAAUGUCUGGAAUGUCACAGUGUAGGCUAAAAUACCUGAAUUAAAGAUUAUUUACUAAAGAGAGGAUUGUCAGGAAAAUAUCCAAAGUAGAAUUCUCCAAGUCAGUUCCGCUUUCCGUUUGGCUAUUUUAACCUUAAAUCCCCAACAAUUCUCCCGUUGGAUAAUAACCCUGUGAAAUGCCUGCUUUAUAUCAUUCCUGGUCCACCUUUAUUUGUUGUGGUUUUUAAAAAAAAUUUUAUACCCCAUUGUACAGCGCUGUGGAGUAUGUUGCCGCAAUGUUCCAUUUGGGAAGAUCCCACCAGAAUCCAGCUUAUGGUUUUUUUUCUGAUUGCGUUUUGACCCAAAUUGGCACCGUUUUGCCCUAAUGAAGGGAGAGCCCAGUUAGAAUACUUUAUCUUAAUCUGAAUAAAAGUAAAACAGUGGGUGAGAUUUAUCUACGGGGUGAAAGUGAAGCCGUCAGCUAUAUCAUGUCCCUUCUGGUUUCUAUGGCAAUUGUACCUCUUAAUAAAUUAAGCUGAUGCCACCUCUCCUGGUUGUCUGCUCCACUAUUGCCAGUCUUUGAGUCAAACACUGUCGAAGGUUUCCCCAUCAGCAAGGAAGCCGUUCAUGUGUGCAGACCCCUAAGGAUUGCACACACCCUGACCCUGGAGAUAUUACUGGAAUCUGAGUGCUAG